ACAAAACCCAUAGGCUUAAGGAAAGCAAUUGGACUUUUGGAACUGCCUCUUCUCCAUCCAGUCAACCUUUUGCACCAAACAAAAAACAUGGCAGCCAAAAUAAACAGCGGCUCCAGGCCCGCGCAAAGCAGCAGCCGAGCAACAACAUAUUCGAUCGUCACGGUCCUCGUCGCCCUUUUCUCAGCAAUUGUUUAUUUCAUGGAACAAAAUCUUCAGAGUUUCUAUGUCUUCGAUACGAAACAAUUGCACGAUAUUUCUGGAAGAGCGAUCGCAAACCAUGGAAACGACACUAGGGCUGUUGUUGCACAGAUCGUCGGCGAGCUCAGCCAGGGUCCUGCCGGCGAAUAUGUCAACUUGAACGAAGAAUGGGUCUUCAACAACGCCGGUGGUGCAAUGGGUGCCAUGUACAUCAUUCACGCCAGUAUCACUGAGUAUUUGAUCAUUUUCGGUACCGCUAUUGGAACCGAAGGCCACACCGGUCGCCACACUGCAGACGACUACUUCCACAUUCUCAAGGGUACCCAAACCGCUUACUCACCCGCCGUUGGCCACUACGAGCCCGAGGUUUACCCUCAAGGCAGUGUGCACCACUUGCGCCGCGGUGAGGUCAAGCAAUACAAGAUGGACGAUGCUUGCUUCGCCCUCGAGUACGCUCGUGGUUGGAUCCCUCCCAUGCUCGGAUUUGGUUUCGCCGAUGGUCUUACCAGUACCCUCGACUUCCCUACUCUGUGGCAUACCACAAGGAUCACCGGCAGAGAGAUGUUGUCAAAUAUGGCCAAGGGCAAGCUUUAGAUGUACAGAUUAAUUAAUAUAGAUUUGGAAACUCGGUUUUACGUUCUGGAUACGUCAGCAUCCUUUGC